CGCGUGUGCGUCAUGACAGUCGCCCUGUUUCCUCCAUGUUCCCAACACUGUUCAGCCAUUAAUUACGAUCAGCCAGCUUCGCCAAUCGCUGCAUUGUUCACCAAGGUAUACACUUGCGCGCGAUGCGGACCUCACGCAUCUCUCGCGACGCCUCCCGCAUUGUUGCUGCGAGUCGCGCCCAGCGCAGCCUCCGGCAAACCAGAUCCGCCGCCAAUGCACCAGCGCCCAGUAUCAACCCCCCCAUUGUCAAGCAGGAAGCUGAAAAGGGUGCGAGUGCUAAUUCUGAUUCUGAACUGAGCUCCGCCCCAUCAGACUCCAAUUCAGACUAUGAGGCGCAGCCAGCGCUGAAGAAGAGGAAAAGGGGGCAAGGUGCGCCAGUUCUCAUAAAGCAAGAGGCAUCAAUCGCUGCACUUGCAUCGCCAAAAAAGGAUACCAAAGUCAAGAAAGCGCGUCGUACUCCGGCAAAAAAGAUAAAGGACAGCGAUGGCAGCAUCAAGAUUGAGCCCCCUGCGAAUUGGGAGGAGAUAUAUGCGCUGACAAGGGAGAUGCGCAAUGAGAAUGUAGCACCAGUGGAUACAAUGGGCUGUGAGAGCCUGGCGGACAGAAAAAUGACACCGCGAGAUCAACGCUUUCAGACCCUCGUAGCUCUGAUGCUGAGUAGCCAGACCAAGGAUACCGUCACCGCACCUGUAAUGCGCGGCAUGCAAGAACGGAUGCCAGGAGGCUUCAACCUUGAAUCCGUCCUCGCGCUCGAGCCUACCCAACUGAACGCCUUCAUCAACAAAGUGGGCUUCCACAACCUCAAGACCAAGUACAUCAAGCAGACUGCCGAAAUCCUGAGGGACAAAUGGAACUCGGAUAUACCCGACACCAUCGAAGGGCUCGUGUCACUGCCAGGAGUAGGGCCAAAGAUGGCAUAUCUCACAAUGAGCGCUGCAUGGGGUCGGACAGAGGGCAUAGGUGUCGACGUACACGUCCAUCGCAUCACCAACCUAUGGGGCUGGCACAAGACACAGCAGCCGGAACAGACGCGUGCAGCGCUGGAAUCAUGGCUGCCCAAAGACAAGUGGCACGACAUCAACAACCUACUCGUGGGCUUUGGUCAGACAAUAUGCCUCCCAGUGGGCAGGAAAUGCGGUGACUGCAAGCUGGCAGACAGAGGCUUGUGUCCAUCAGCAGUCGUAACAAAGCGUACAAAGGUCAAAAAGGAGGCCGUCGUCAAGGUGGAGAUACUUAACAACGACGCAAUAGCGGAGGAGGCACCUAACAACGAUGGAUUAGUCAAGAAAGAAGCAUCUGAUAACGACGUAACAGUCAAGAAGGAGGCUGUUGUAAAGGUGGAGGCAUCUGACAACGACACAGUAGCGGAGGAGGCACCCAGCAACAGCUUCAUAGUCAAGGUGGAGGCCGUUGUGAAGGUAGAGGCAUCUAACGACGCAAUAGCGGAGGAGGCACCUAACAACAGUGUUAUAGUCAAGGAGGAGGCCGCUGUGAAGAUGGAGGCAUCUGACAACAGCGUAACAGUCAAGGAGGAAAAUAUUGUUGCAGAUGUUGACCAGACCAAAGCUGAAGACGUGGAAAGCGCGGUACCAGACAUCGAGGACAUUAGAAGGGUACCACGCAAAAGGACAACGCGAAAGAAGUCGUAGCCGGUCAUGUCAGACGUACGGUUUUCGUCCCAUCACGAAUUCUGACGUUCCACCGAAUUUUCUGGACAGCUCCAACAGAAUCUCGUGGACAGCGCGUCACGGUUUUCCGAGACGUUGUCGCGCUGCAAAUAGCAAACAACGGGUGGAGCUAGUUUUGGCGGGCACGCUCGCUACCUAUUCGGCCGACCCACACAGUUCCGCGACGGCCUUGCGCCUAUUAAGUUUCAUAACAUCACCACCAAGCUCAAGCAAUUCAGUUCAUCGCCGUGUCUGUGGUUGUAGGAUACACGAACGCGAUGCGCUUGGACCUGUAACAUCUCUCCUAA